AUGGCGGGCCGCUUCCUGUCGCGCCGGCUUUUAUCAACUACGGCGCCACGCCCACUAGUGACGUCUCCUCAGGAGCGCCACGCCCACUUUUCAACCUUAAUCCAACCGGCGUCGUCGUUAUCAUCGCGAAGCCACGCCCACAUCUUCUCGCUUCACGCCCACUCGCAAAGCCCAGGGAGUGAAGUGAAGCGCAUGCGCACAGGAGAGGAUGUCAAUCAUCGUCGUGAUCCUCACGAAGCCACGCCCACAACUCUCCUUUUCUCUGAGGUAAACAAGGCUUUUUGCUUCUCGCCCCGUCAGCGCAUGCGCACAGUCGUGAACCCAGAACGAGAGCCCGGUUUGGGUUUCGGCCUCUUGCAAAGAGUCCAGAACCCUGCGUCCGUCAUGGAGGAGCCGAGGACAAAGCCGGCCAUCGCGGCCCGCGAGACAGGCCUCUUUUCACGUUCCCGAACAGGACCCGGACCCGGGCGUUACGUCUUGCCCCCGACGGUGGGCUUUGCCAACCACGACUACACCCGCUUCGCCGGCCCGGCGUACUCGUUCCACCGGAGACUCGACAACAUCCAUCCGAAGGACUCCAGUCCCGGGCCACGCUACUACGUCAAGCCCGAACUCACACGUUUCGGAAGAGCCAAAGGUCCCUCCUACUCCAUGCUGGCGCGGAGCAAGCCUAAGGGCAUUCCUCGCACCCCCGGACCAGCAACCUACCACCCGGAGAAGGUUCCUCCUCCGUCCCAGCAGCGGCCACCCUCGUUCUCGAUCGGGGCCCGGACCAAGCCCCGCCCUGUGGACCCCGUCCCGGCCCCCAACAGCUACACCCUCCCCUCGCUCCUGGGCCCCCGCAUCCCCCACAAAGCCUCCAGCCCGAGUUUCUCCGUCGCCGGACGCAACGCCAAAGGCGGCCCCUUGGAGGACCUCUGCCGGACGCCGGGGCCGGGGCGGUAUAAGACGACGGACCCCGACGUCUACCUGUGCCGCUCACCGGCCUUCUCCAUGCUGGGGAGGCUCAAGCCGGGCAAGGUGGGCUUCCCGACCCCGGGGCCCGGCACCCACAGCCCCGAGAAGGUGACCCUCCACAGGGCAAAGGCCCCGUCCUACUCCCUCGGCAUCCGGCACUCGGAGUUCCUCAUGCCGCUCGUCGGGGAGGCUCCGGAGUGGUAGGAGUUGUGAGACUCGCGGAACGGAUCCCGACGAAUAAAGCA